AUGGUCAACGAGACGGUGGUUGAAGCUGCGAUGCCGGCCAAGGUGCCCAAAGUGGUAGUUGUGGUGUGCUUAAUUGUUGAGAUGGAACAAGGUGUUGUUGGGACGGCGCCGCUCAUCUCUUGUGAGAGCUUUGAGGAGUGUGCAACAAGAGAAGUGAAGGAAGAAACUGGUUUAGACAUUGAUAAGUUAGAGUUUCUGACAUUCACAAACAACCUGUUCUUAGACAAAGCCAAACCAUACCAUUACGUGGUGAUUUCUAUGCGAGCAGUCUUGGCAGAUCAUCCACAGCCUCAGAAUACUGAGCCAGACUUCUGUGGUGGUUGGGGUUAG